AUGAAAGGAACAUCAGGUGAAAGGGGUGGUCAAGGAGUACCAGGUGUAAUGGGACCACAAGGUCCAGCUGGUCAAAAGGGAACAUCAGGUGAAAGGGGUGGUCCAGGAACAUCAGGUGAAAGGGGUGAUCAAGGAGUACCAGGUGUAAUGGGACCACAAGGUCCAGCUGGUCAAAAGGUCAGUGGUGUUAAAUGUCAGUGGGAAUGA